AUGUAUGCACUUUAUACUAGCAAAAAUAAUCUUCCAAUUCUUGCUAUGAUCGGUCAUUGGCUCACUGAGGAUUUCUUUUAUAAAGAAAGAGUCUUAGAGUUCAUUGAGCUUCAUGGAAUUCAUAGUAGUGAGAAUAUUGCCAUUGCUAUCCAGACUACACUUUCUCAACUGAACCUUGGAGAAAAGCUGAUCACUAUCACGGGUGAUAACGCCAGUAAUAAUGAGACUAUGGCUUCAGAAUUGUUCCAUCUUCUCAACAGUGACUGGGAACGUUCAUCUCAGAUUCAUCGCACACUCACUAAGUUCAAUGAACUUACAUUAUUUGUGUCGAAACGGAAGUCACAAAUCAGCCUUGCUAUUCCAGUCUAUUAUGAACUUCAUGAUCUACUAUGUGAAGGUUCAGAAUCACAAUGGUCCUUCAAGGAAUUAGAUCCUGAUAUUGCUUCUGCAUUGAAAGAAGGUCUAAAGAAGUAUAUGAAAUAUUAUACUUUUAUGAAUGAAUCUGAGAUAUACUGA